AUGCCCGCCAAGGAAGAAGAGAUCCGGGGGCGCGAGGAGGCGUUGGCACUGGAAGCUGUGGAGCGUAGCCUCGAGCUCGAGCGACUGGAGACGAGGGAGCAUCAAGUUGCCCAAGCAGAAGAUGCCGUUGGUGCUCGCGAGGCCAAGGCCCAGGAGGAGGUCGAUCGCCGGGUGGCCGAGGUUCGUGCGAAUCUUGAGGGUAGGCAUGACCUGAAGUUGAAGCUUGCGGAGACGGAGGCUGUGGGUAGGGCCGCUGCCCUUAGGCCCAGGCUAGCUGAGGUGGAGAGGCGCGAGGAGGCCACUGCAGCAGCCCUGGUCACGGCGCAGGAGGAAUUGGCCUCUGCCCACGCCGAGCUGCUCACUCUUCAGAAGCGGGUUGCUGAUGCCGAGUCCGUUGCGCGGCAGAGCAGGGAGGAAGUGCUCCAGCGGCGGAUGCUGGAGCGCGUGCAUGCUCCCAUGCUUCAGGACCUUCGGAACAGGGCCAACACUGCCCUGGGCCACAUCUGUGAUGAGAACGCCCCUCACCCCACCCAUCUUCAGAACACCUACCAGGACUUCGACUUUGACGCCGCCAUUGCUCCGGUCCCGGAGGCCAUCCGGGCCGACCUGGCACGAUGGGUGGAGGAUAAGGUGGACGCGCUGGUUAGGGCCUCCUCUUCUGACGACGACGCGGUGGUGGUCGCGGCGGAUGAAGGCGACGUGGUCGAUGAUGAUGUUGACGGCGCCGGAGGAGGCGAUGGUGAUGCUGGCGACGGUGGCAGCGAUGCCAGCGGCGUGCCUAAAGGCGAUGCGGCGAGCGGCAUGUCCGACUAA